CCACACCGCCUGAUCUGAUUGGUUGUUUGACGUCGUUUUGACUGACUGACAGUGUCAGGCUAGGCUGGUGAGGACAGCAGGGUUUUCAUCAGAGGGUACCAAUUACAUUGAGAGGUCAAGGAUUCUCUUGCAAAGCCAAAGAGCAACGAACUGUAACAAACAGGACCAAUAAUUCCGUGUUAGGUUAGCAGAUUGACAUUGCUCUCAUAUUCCUUUGAGAUUUACAAGAUAAGAGGAUGUCCAGUGAUCUGUCUCUGAAUAUUGACAUAAAAGAGCCCAGAUGGGAUCAGGGCACCUUCAUGGGGCGAGCCAAACAUUUCUUCACUGUGACAGACCCCCGAAAUGUGUUUUUAUCCAGCGAGGUCCUGGAGGAUUCCAGGAGGAUUGUGGAGAAUUACAGGGUGGGGAUAGUGAGCCCAGGUCUAACGGAGGAUGAGCUCUGGAGAGCGAAAUACGUUUACGACUCUGCUUUUCACCCCGACACUGGGGAGAAGAUGAUUCUCGUAGGUCGGAUGUCUGCUCAGGUGCCAAUGAACAUGACUAUCACGGGCUGCAUGCUCACCUUUUACAGGUCAACGCCAGCGGUGGUGUUCUGGCAGUGGGUGAACCAGUCCUUCAACGCUGUCGUCAACUACACCAAUCGCAGUGGAGACGCACCGAUGACUGUGAACCAGCUGGGUGUGGCGUAUGCAAGUGCCACCACUGGGGCAGUGGUUACUGCGCUGGGACUCAAAUCACUUACCAAGCAUUUGCCAGCAAUAAUGGGGCGGUUCGUCCCAUUUGCUGCGGUGGCUGCUGCAAACUGCAUCAAUAUUCCAUUUAUGAGACAGAGAGAGCUGAAGUACGGGAUCCCGGUGACUAAUGAGGAUGGCAAGCGACUGGGUGAAUCGACCAGUGCAGCCCAACAGGCCAUUGUUCAGGUGAUCGUCUCCCGGAUUGGCAUGGCAGUGCCUGCUAUGGCGAUCCCUCCUGUAAUCAUGAAUGCUCUGGAGAAGAGAGCUUUUCUAAAGCGUUAUCCGGUUUUCAAUGCUCCCAUUCAAGUCGGCCUGGUUGGGUUCUGCUUGGUUUUUGCCACUCCUCUUUGCUGUGCCCUUUUCCCACAGAAGAGCUCCAUGAAGGUUAGCAGCCUGGAAGCAGAGCUGCAGACCCAGAUCCAGGAGAGAAGCCCUCACACAGCCGUGGUGUACUUCAACAAGGGCCUGUAGAACCCAGAACAGAGCUCCACACUCCACGCUCACAUAGGGAUACAACAGACCUUUUAUAUUAUUAUUAUUAUUAUUAUUAUUAUUAUUAUUUACGGAUUGUUAUUUAACCAGGAAAACCUCAGUGAGAUGAAUAUUAUACAUCUCUCAAAAAUUACAUAUGUUUUGGCAAAUGGGAGUUUAAAGGCCUGUCAGUACUUUAAGAACUAAACAGUGCUGAGAUAAGCACUGAAAGGGUUAUGCAUGGCAAUGUGUGUUACAAUGAGGAGACAUUGGAUGUUUAGGGCAGCUGCAGAGGGUGCAGUACCUACAGUAAUUAAAGUAUCGCCGUGUCUCAGGUGGCUGAGCCUCUGCCUGUUUCAGUGUGUGUCCUUGGGGUUUAUAUGUGAGAAAUAGCUACCAGUAAGACUUGCUUUGUGUGUUCGAGAUGAAUGUCCUAAAGACUUAGGAGCUUUACCAAACACAUGAUUGUAUUUUGAAACCAAAACCUUACCUUUAAGAGCUAAGAAACCGCAGCCCACGCCGUCUGCAGCCUCAAGUGGAUCUAUCUAUUCCAAUCCUCCACCACGCCCAGCCCAUUGCGUAGUCUGUUCAUGGCACAGGGCAGCACCGAGUGAACAAAGUUAUCAUUUUUUCAUUAACAGCCACUGGGGUGGACUUGGUGUCUGAUUAAAAACAAGAAAAGAUUGAUUCCACGGCCUGACCGAAUCAGUUCUGUUUGCUUGUCUUUUUCUUUUUAUAACACUAUCACAGUAAAAGAAAAAAAAAACCAAAAAACUGCAAUAUCUUUAACACCUCUCACCCCCAAAAAAUACUUAUGAAGCAGCAACAGAGAUGGGUUUGUAUGGCCAGAGCAUUUGAGAACAAAGCCACGUCCACAUGUGUUUAUUAUGUGGAUCUUGGGGUGCAGGGUGGUGUGCUGUUUGAAAAUGAAAUAGUAAAACCAAUGUGUGUCUGUGCUGUGCUCUGCUCCCUUCAGUCUGUAUUGCUUUCCUGUUGAUUUCAUUAGGAGCGCAGAUGCAGUAACACUGAAGAGUUCAGAACAUUCUGAUGAAGAAUCACACUAUAAUGAAAGGCACACGGGACCGCGCUCGCUGGGAAACGCUGGCAUGGUCUUGAUUUUUUUUAUUUGUUUUUAGUAUUAUACUUUCAGUAUUAUACUUCUGCCCAUAAUGUUUCCAGGCUGUGGCCUUUUAGGUCAUACGUUUUCUACCUUUUGCACUGCAGGCCAGUGCUGUAAAGCACAGACCAUUAUAAUAAAGUAUGGAUAUGCAAUCCAGUCAAAGGUAAUGGCUUGUGUUAGUGCUGUUCCAGACUUGCUCAGGUGGGGUCUGCGCUUGGUGUAACUUAUCAUUUCAAAGGUAAUGGCUUGUGUUAGUGCUGUUCCAGACUUGCUCAGGUGGGGUCUGCACUUGGUGUAACUCAUCGUUUCAAAGUCAAUGGCUUGUGUUAGUUAGUGCUGUUCCAGACAUAUGUAUGUAUGUAUGUAUGUAUUUGAACAAUCGACGUUGGUAACACUGACUAAUCACCUGAAGCUAUUUAUGAAAAAUAAUUUUAAAAUUGAGCAGCCCACUUCAAGCACUAUUCUCAAACGAGAAAGCUAUGUUUUAAAGGGGCAUUCAGAACAGAAAAUAGGAGGCAGUUUUUUACACAGAGAUUUGUGAGGGUCUGGAACCAACUCCCCAGUAAUGUUGUUGAAGCUGACACCCUGGGAUCCUUCAAGAAGCUGCUUGAUGAGAUUCUGGGAUCAAUAAGCUACUAACAACCAAACGAGCAAGAUGGGCUGAAUGGCCUCCUCUCGUUUGUAAACUUUCUUAUGUUCUUAAGUUUUGUGCUGGUGUUUUUUGGAGACAUUUUCCAUUGUGGGGUUUUAAUUUGUGAAUCUGACAACAUAUUUCUUGAGUUUUACAAACCUGUACUCUCUUUUGUGAAUAGUGCCCGUUAUUGAAGUUGCUAAGGACAAUCAAGAGUGUUGCACUACGUGUGAAUGUGCCUGAUGACACUGCUGCGCCUGUUCAUCUCCACUGAGCAGAGGAAAUACACACCAGUAUCCAUCUGGCUGUGGUUUCAUGUUGGUGCUAGCUCUGUGUUUUCCUGUACUAUGUAUAUGGGUAAUAUAACUUGCGGUCAUGUAGAUGUGGACUUGCUUUUGUUUGAAAAUAAAUGAAAUAAUAUGGUAAA